CAAAUCGGGCACCACCUCAGUUUCUGUAGGGCCUUYGUGGAGGAAUUCUGCGUUCUGAGCUGGACAUUUCCUGCUGGCGCUUGGCUGCCUCGGGAUGGAGACCCUGUGCCCGGCCCUGUUUCCUGCAGCACCAGUCACUGACGGUCACCGGCGGCGUCGGAGCAGAGCAGGGAGGAACUGAGAUGCUGAAGCAAUUUGCUGGUAAACGUUGCCUUGUUCUCGAGCUCUUCUGUGSAUAACUGCUCGUGCUCGGAGCAGAACCGCGGGAGGAACCUGAGCCGCCAGCUUGCUGUGCCGUGGGCUUCCCAGCAGGUCUGGGUGCUCCAGCCAUGGAUCAGAAAGGUUAUCGGCGAGGAAGUUACCAGAGCAGCACUAGCGAUGAAGAUAUGGUAGAAAUAGCAGGAACAUCUCUGGACUUCUCCAUGGCAGAUGAUGACCCUCCACUUGACCAAGAGAUGGGAGGGUUUUCCUCAUAUAAUGGAGGAGGGAUGAAUGGCACAARCAAAAUGAUGGAUUUCCUGGAGGAACCUCUUCCUGGUGUGGGGACCUAUGAAGAUUUUAACACUAUUGAUUGGGUGCGAGAGAAGUCCAGGGACCGGGACAGGCACAGAGAGAUUACCAGCAGAAGUAAAGAGUCAACGUGGGCCCUCAUACACAGCGUGAGUGAUGCCUUUUCUGGCUGGCUGCUGAUGCUCCUCAUAGGAUUGUUAGCAGGUUCCUUGGCUGGUCUCAUAGACAUCUCRGCCCACUGGAUGACAGAUCUGAAAGAAGGGGUUUGUCUGGCCGGCUUCUGGUUUAACCACGAGCACUGCUGUUGGAAAUCCAGCACCACCUUCACGGACAGAGACAAGUGUCCAGAGUGGAAGAGCUGGUCACAGCUUAUUCUUGGCCAUGGGGAGGGAGCGUUUGCAUAUAUUCUCAACUACUUCAUGUAUGUUAUCUGGGCCUUGUUGUUCUCCCUCCUUGCUGUGUUACUCGUGAAGGGGUUUGCUCCUUAUGCCUGCGGCUCAGGAAUUCCGGAGAUCAAAACUAUCUUAAGUGGUUUCAUCAUUAGAGGCUACCUGGGCAAGUGGACGCUGAUCAUCAAAACCAUCACCCUAGUGUUGGCCGUGUCCUCCGGCCUGAGCUUGGGCAAAGAGGGGCCCCUGGUGCACGUCGCCUGCUGCUGUGGGAACAUCUUGUGUCACCUCUUCACCAAGUACCGGAAAAACGAAGCCAAGCGCAGAGAGGUUCUGUCCGCAGCUGCCGCUGCCGGGGUGUCCGUGGCUUUUGGAGCGCCGAUUGGAGGAGUGCUUUUUAGCCUGGAAGAGGUCAGUUACUACUUCCCUCUGAAGACACUGUGGCGCUCCUUCUUCGCUGCUCUGGUGGCCGCGUUUACUCUGCGCUCCAUCAACCCCUUUGGGAACAGCCGCCUGGUUCUCUUCUAUGUGGAGUUYCACAUGCCGUGGCAUCUGCUGGAGCUGGUGCCCUUCAUCCUCUUGGGGAUAUUUGGGGGGCUCUGGGGAGCUUUCUUCAUUCGCAGCAACAUCGCGUGGUGCCGGCGGCGCAAGACGACCAAGCUUGGCAAGUACCCCGUGCUGGAGGUGUUGGUGGUGACUGCGAUCACGGCCGUCCUGGCCUUCCCCAACGAAUACACCAGGAUGAGCACCAGCGAGCUCAUCUCCGAGCUCUUCAAUGACUGCGGCAUUCUGGACUCCUCCAAACUCUGCGAGUAUGUCAACGAUCUCAACAGCACCAAAGGGGAUGACCUCCCAGACCGAGCUGCUGGCCCGGGGGUCUACACGGCCAUGUGGCAGCUGGCCUUGGCCCUUAUAAUGAAAGUCUUCAUCACGAUCUUCACCUUUGGCAUGAAGGUGCCUUCAGGUCUCUUCAUCCCCAGUAUGGCGGUCGGUGCCAUUGCAGGCAGGUUGCUGGGAGUGGCAAUGGAGCAGCUGGCGUUUUACCACCACGACUGGGUCAUCUUCAGCGGCUGGUGCAGCCAAGGAGCUGACUGCAUCACUCCUGGCCUCUACGCAAUGGUUGGGGCUGCAGCAUGUCUAGGUGGGGUGACCCGAAUGACUGUUUCGCUGGUGGUCAUCAUGUUCGAGCUCACUGGGGGCCUGGAGUACAUCGUUCCUCUGAUGGCAGCAGCCAUGACCAGCAAGUGGGUGGCAGAUGCCAUAGGGCGGGAGGGCAUUUACGACGCCCACAUUCGUCUCAACGGCUACCCCUUCUUGGAAGCCAAGGAGGAGUUCUCGCACAAGACCCUUGCGAUGGAUGUAAUGAGACCGCGGAGAAACGAUCCUCCCUUGACUGUCAUCACUCAGGACAGCAUGACCGUAGAAGAUGUUGAGGCCAUAAUCAAUGAAACAACGUACAGUGGCUACCCAGUGGUGGUGUCGCGGGAGUCCCAAAGGCUCGUUGGGUUUGUCCUCAGGAGAGAUCUCAUCAUUUCAAUAGAAAAUGCCCGGAAGAAGCAGGAUGGGAUUGUGAGCACUUCAAUUAUUUAUUUCACUGACCACUCUCCUCCSCUGCCUCCGAGCUCGCCGUCCAUGCUCAAACUCAGGAGCAUCCUGGACCUCAGUCCCUUCACGGUGACGGACCAAACGCCCAUGGAGAUUGUUGUGGAUAUAUUCCGCAAGCUCGGACUGCGCCAGUGCCUGGUCACUCACAACGGGAAGUUACUUGGGAUCAUUACCAAAAAGGAUGUAUUAAAGCAUAUUGCACAGCUGGCUAACCAGGACCCAGAUUCUAUACUGUUCAAUUAAAAGCAGACUAAUAGAUAGCGUGUGUUCUGCACAGAAGAAACUUUAUAAUAAAGAUCCUGGAUGCUCUUUCCUAUUUUUACAGAGACCUUGAAACUGUUUUUGACAUUCCCUUCUGUGGAGCUGAAGAAGAUAUAUAUAUAUAUAUUUUUUUUUUCUACAGAAUAACCAAUUGCACUACAUAAUCUGUGGAAAUUAAUCUUCUCUUUAGAAGAAAAAGGACUUUAUUUACAUUGCUUUUGUGAAGUUGCAUUGGAAAAAUUCCAUGAAGGAGUAAAAGCAAAAUGCUACAGAAUUAUAUCUCUUCCUUUUUAUUUUAUUUGAACUCUUGUAACUAGUGUGGGGAGGCAAAGACAAGGACCCCRUUCGGCGUCUUCAGAAGCUUUGAAGGAGAAGGAUGAUUUUUGCAUGCAGCGCAUUCAGGUGCUGGCACAAGGAGACAGUUGUUACUCAGGGCAGCGUGUUCCUGGUUACCCACUUGGUCCUUCCAUAAUCAGACUGGAAGAGAGAGAAGAAAAGAGCAAAGCGUGCACCACACGGUAGGAGAACGUCGAAAGUGACCUCAGCUCCUCAGCUACCAGCACCAGCUAGCGGAGGACGUUCUGGUGACAGAAGGAAAGCGAACAAACAAAUCGCCCCAGGAGCAGAUCUGCUUAGAAGUGGACUCGGUUUCGGAGUGGGAAGAAGCUUAUUUGGUUACUCUCUUGUGAAUGUAUUGAGUUUCACYCUGUGACUUGCUUGCUAAGAGCAUCUGAAGGAGGAGGCAGGAGUCGAGGGUUGUAUUCUUGUCCUCCUUAGAUAUAUGCCUUGGUUUUUUGUUUUGUUUUUGGUUGGUUUUUUGGGGAGGUUUUGUUUGUUUGCUUGUUUUUCUUUAGAUAUCUGCCUCGGGCUUUCUCCUCUGGCUGGUGCCUGGAAUGGCAAAGGCUGAGUGCYGAGUUAUUGCCCUGGCUUUCCUGCACUUCCAGUCACUCCCUGAUCGCAUCGGAUGUUGCACAACGGGCCUCUUCCUUCAUGAGCAGUGUCUGACGGGGUGGAGGACAUCGGCGGAGGUGCCUGUCCCCAAGGAGUUUACAUGAAUGCACAUUCUGGUCCCUGCCUCUGCCCGGUCUUGYCCCCAACUCAGGCUCGACUCCCGGCGCUGGGAUUGAGCCCACUGCCACUUGACGUUCACCUCGGUGUCUCCUUUCACCAACAACUAUGCAAUGACCUCCCUUUCCCACCACCGUCAGCAAAACCACUUGUCCCUCAGUUGGUCCCUUCCCCUGUUGCUUCUCCAGUCUCUCCCAUCUUUAACYCAUUUUCUUUCUUUUUUCUGUUAAUAAAAACUGAAAUUCUGACAGUAUGCAACUGCACUGGAGGGUAGUGGUGCUCACCAGGCUGGAGCAGGCCUUAUUUUGC